GAACUGUAUGUUAUCGUGCGCCACCUUCAUUCCACUGGCUCAAGUUGCGCUGGCGUCUCAGGAGACGCGUCACGCGCUUAGCUCAACGCGUAGAAUCCACCCUCUUCUUCCUCCUUCUCCGAACAUCAUAGACAUGUCAACGGUGGACUCCGCUUAAACAAAAAAAUUGCCAAACUUUAGUCCUCCAGGGUUCUCAAUUCUCCACUUCCCAUAAAACAAAAUCGCAUCUUUUUGAGCUCAUUGAUCUUCACUUUCAGCAUUUCAAGCUUGGGCCUUUCUCUUCUUUUUGACUAUGGAGACGAAAAACCCUUCGAGGUUUACGCUGAUGAAGCAAUCAUCAUUGGCACCAGAACACCGCAGAGAAGAAGGAUCAGAGCUCCACAACGAUGGUAAUGGCGAGGAAGGUAUCCAUCCGGGUGUGAGGUUGAUGUAUUCGGCGAACGAGAACGAUCUUGAGGGUAUUCGUGAAGUUUUGGAUUCGGGUGUGAGCGUCAAUUUCAGAGACAUUGAUGACCGUACUGCACUUCACGUUGCUGCGUGUCAGGGAUUAACCGAUGUGGUUUCUUUGUUGCUCGAGAAAGGAGCUGAAGUCGACGCCAAAGAUCGCUGGGGGAGCACGCCACUUGCAGAUGCUAUAUUUUAUAAAAACAAUGAUGUGAUCAAACUAUUGGAGCAGAAUGGAGCAAAGCCUUUGAUGGCCCCUAUGCAUGUUCAUCAUGCACGUGAAGUACCAGAAUAUGAAAUCAAUCCUAAAGAACUUGAUUUUACCAAUAGUGUGGAGAUAACAAAGGGCACUUUCUGUAGUGCAUUCUGGCGUGGGACAGAGGUUGCAGUAAAAAAACUUGGGGAGGACGUAAUUACUGACGAGGAGAAAGUGAAGGCCUUUAGAGAUGAGCUUGCACUAUUCCUGAAGAUCCGGCAUCCAAAUGUAGUUCAGUUUCUGGGUGCUGUGACACAGAGUAGCCCGAUGAUGAUCGUGACAGAAUAUCUUCCCAAGGGAGAUCUCCGUGCAUUCUUGGGAAGAAAAGGAGCUUUGAAACCUUCAACAGCUGUGAAAUUUGCACUUGAUAUUGCCAGGGGAGUGGGUUAUUUACAUGAGAAUAAGCCGUCACCAAUCAUUCACCGUGAUCUCGAGCCUUCUAACAUAUUGCGGGAUGAUUCGGGACACCUAAAAGUUGCAGACUUUGGGGUUAGCAAGUUGCUGGCAGUUAAAGAAGACAGACCUCUAACUUGCCAAGAUACAUCUUGCCGCUAUGUUGCUCCUGAAGUUUUCAAACAAGAAGAAUAUGACACCAAAGUAGAUGUAUUCUCAUUUGCGUUAAUCCUGCAAGAGAUGAUUGAAGGUUGUCCACCAUUUUCUUCAAAGAAAGAAGAUGAAGUUCCUAAGGUAUAUGCUGCAAAAGAGCGUCCACCUUUUCGAGCUCCAGCCAAGCGUUAUGCUCAUGGGAUAAGAGAAUUGAUUGAAGAUUGCUGGAAUGAAAAUCCAGCAAAGAGACCAACAUUUAGACAAAUAAUACCAAGGCUGGAAUCCAUCUACAACACUAUUGGUCAAAAAGGACGUUGGAAGGUUAAACCGUUGAAAUGCUUCCAGAAUCUGGAGGCCUUGUUGAAGAGGGAUCGUUCGAAUUUUAGCAGCCGAGGCAGUUCAUCGCGUUCAAGGUCCAGCCGGAUAUGAACAACACAAGUCCUGUGAUGCAAGUUACAUUAGCUUAAAGAUUAAGAUAGCAAGCAGAUUCAUUUGGCUACUUCUUUUGAUGUGUUCAUUCCCAGUUUGGCUAUUAUGUUUUCAGAUUUUCCAAGAAUCUUGAUUAGUUCUUAAAGAUUUAUUUAUUUCCAACUGCAUUAUUUGCGGCAACAGAAUUGCGUCUAAGAUGUAACAUAAGAUUAGAUUUGCUCCUUUGUAAUGUACAUUAUGUAUGUAAUUUGUAUCAAAACUGUUUUUCUUUUUCUUUUAAAUUUAGAUUAAGAACUUUAACGAAUUAAAUUGAAAAGUCUACUAUUUUAUAAAAUUUAGCAUCUAUUCUUUUGUUUC